GGGGGGGGAUGCCACUGCUGCGGAAGGCGCUGCGCGUCUCCAACCGCUCCAUGCUCGCCUUCAUCUUCUUCUUCUCCUUUUCCUCAUCCUGCCUCUACUUCAUCUACGUGGCCCCCGGGAUCGCAACCACAUAUCUCUUUAUGGUGCAAGCUCGUGGUAUAAUGUUGAGAGAAAAUGUAAAAACAAUAGGACACAUGAUAAGAUUGUACACUAAUAAAAAUACUACACUGAAUGGCACAGAUUAUCCUGAAGGAAACAAUUCUAGUGACUGUGUUGCUCAAACAACAAUGUAUCUUCCAGAGAAUUUCACCUACUCUCCUUACCAGCCUUGUCCAGAGAAGCUGCCUUACAUGAGAGGCCUUAUUGAUGUCAAUAUGAGUGAAAUUAGUUUUGAUGAAAUUCAGCAACUCUUUUCAAAAGAUUUAGACAUUAAACCAGGAGGACACUGGAAACCAAAUGACUGUAAGCCACGGUGGAAGGUGGCUAUUCUUAUUCCUUUUCGGAAUCGUCACGAGCAUCUUCCAAUUUUUUUCCGCCAUCUGAUACCUAUGCUGCAGAAGCAGCGGCUGGAAUUCGCCUUCUAUGUUGUUGAACAGACAGGUACACAACCUUUUAAUCGUGCAAUGCUCUUUAAUGUUGGCUUCAAAGAGGCUAUGAAGGAUGCUGUCUGGGACUGCAUAAUAUUCCAUGAUGUGGAUCACUUACCUGAAAAUGACAGAAAUUACUAUGGAUGUGGAGAAAUGCCACGCCAUUUUGCAGCAAAGCUGGACAAGUACAUGUAUAUCCUUCCAUACAAUGAGUUCUUUGGUGGUGUAAGUGGCCUGACAGUGGAACAAUUCAAGAAGAUCAAUGGUUUUCCAAAUGCCUUUUGGGGAUGGGGUGGAGAAGAUGAUGAUCUUUGGAACAGAGUUCACUAUGCUGGGUACAAUGUAACAAGACCAGAAGGUGAUUUAGGGAAGUACAAAUCCAUUCCUCAUCAUCACAGAGGUGAAGUCCAGUUUUUAGGACGAUACAAACUUCUGAGGUAUUCCAGAGAACGUCAGUACAUUGAUGGGUUGAACAAUUUAGUAUAUACUCCUAAAAUACUUGUCAGUAGGUUGUAUAAAAAUAUAACUGUUAAUCUCAUACCAGAACUCGCUCCUGUUAGAGACUAUUGAUGGAAGUGGAAUGGCAAGAUAUCCUACCAGAAUAAACUUUUAACACUGGAAGCUACUGAUAAACACUGUAAAACAAACAAAAAAAAAAGCAACCACCCAACAAACAGCAGAUCAGAAUUAGAGUUUUUGGACCAACUGAUGAUGCAUGUUUGGGAUGAGAAGUGAUUGUAUGUACCAUGCAUUUUGUUCUGAAAGAAAAGCCAGCAGCUACCACUCAGAUGUUUACAGCAUGAGACUACUGUUCAAGCCUUCAUUCUUCACACUCUCUAUCUUAACUGCUCAACUAAAUAAACUACAGAAAACAGACUUGUAGCUUCUCUGGAAGUGAGGACAGAGGCCUCUUCCAGAAAUUUUUUAUACUAAACUGCCCCUCCUCAUAUUUAAAUGAAUGCUUUUGUUUCUUUUUAAAAUGCGUUUUGUAAAUAUGUGAUGUAAAUUAAUGUGUGUACAUUGCUUUUCAAUUGUUCAAUAUUUUAUGCUUCUGUAUGUAUUUGAGUGUGUUCUCAUUUGAAUUCUAUAGGAAUGUUUUUAUUAGCAUGACAGAACAAGUGUAAAAUUUAAGUAUGCUUAUAAAAAGGUUAUACCUUAUGUGAAAUGAAGGAAAUAUUAAUUGUUGGCCAGCUAUGACUGUAAACUGUUAUACUAGUUUUGAGCUCUAGGCCUCCUGCAUAUCUAUAUAGAAAAGUAAUUUCUUAUAUGAACCUGCUAGAAAGAAAGCUUUUAAUUUUAUUUAUUGCCAGCAAAAUUGUAUGAUACCCUGCCUGCCAUUGAAUUGUAUUUAUAUGCAUAUUGCAUGUGUAUUACAGAAAAUCUUGCAGUUGUUGCAUAUUAUGAUCUACAGGAACUCUUAACUGUUUCCAAGUGUGCCACUAGUGUCAAUGUCAGGGAUUUUAAUGCCUAAAAUGAUGUGUCUGGGUGCGUACAGUACUUUGGUAUUGUUCUUUUUUUUUUUUUCUUUCUUUUUUUUUUUUUUUUUAAUUCUAGUUAAGCAGCACUUUUAUUCCUCCAAAGUCAGAAGAGCCAAAAAUGUGUCUUCAUUGGAAGAAUAUUACAGUUAGAUUUUUAAGAGAAUUAUAAAACAUAGUUCUGGUAGUUGAAAUGCUUGCAGUGUGGGAUUUUCAGAAGCGCAGUGUUGGUCGCACUGUUCUGCUGAUGAGGAUGGUGAUGACAUAAGCAGAACAGAAAGCAGGCCAACCCCAAGUGCUUUUUAAAAUUCCACUCCUAAUAUAUUAUUCAAUAUAGCUAUUUAAGGGCCUAUUCUGGUAGAGUGCUGAGUGCUUCUAUGAUGCACUGAGGAUCCUCAAGUCGAUGACUGUCAAUGAGAUUGAGGUUGCACAGUCCCUCUAAGGAUUGGUCCUGUUUCUCUAUUUUUGUGGUGUUAAAUGUAGGAAUAACUAACCUCUUUCCUUUUCUUCUUAUUUUCUCUUUGCUUGUAAUGUUAUGCUACCUAGAAGUAUCCCACUGCUAAGCAUUAUUAUCUUUCCUUAUAUUUUUUUACAUCGCUUGUUAAUACAAAGGAAAAGGACCAGGUCAUUUAUUUUCUAUGUUAAUGCAAGUAUAGUAACCAAGAUAUACUAAACUGUUUUGUUUGUCAGUUACUCAACUCUUUAGGAACCAAAGACUGACUUCUGCUCCCAUAAAGAAUGGAAAGCAGUAUAUAUAAUAAGGAUUGUUUAUCCAUAGAGUGUUCUGUAAGAGUGUUGACAAAGAAUCCUAACUUUGAGUCUUUACUAUAAGUUGGUUUCCUGAAUUGCUGCCUCAGAUGGUGUGGUGCUUUGUACAUUUUAAGUUUGUUUGCCAUAAACACCUUUGAUUUCUUUGGCAUCCCAGCAGCAAAUUUUGCCCUUAGCCAUCCUUCAGUACCGUUAUGAGGUUAGCUGUAGGCACCCAAAUAUUUAGUGGAAAUAUUAUUAUUUAGUGUCAUA